GGGCAGGCCGCGAGCCGGGGUGGGGCCUAGCGGGUCCGGGUGGGGCCUAGCGGGCCAGAGCAGGGGGCAGGCCCGAGCCGGGGUGGGGCCUAGUCGGUCCUGCGCCGAGGGUAGGCCUCGGGGGCUGAGAGUUUGUGUGGAGAUGGAGCUGUGGGGUGCUCGAAGCUGUGCGAUAGGGACAGGCUGAGAGCUUGGGGGUGCGGCCUGGGGGAGGGAAGGCUCUGCGGUGCCUCUCUUUGUGGGGAUUGUAGUGGUAGGACAAGGGGAGCAGCUUUAGCCUGGCAGAGGGUAGGUUUAGGUGAGAUGUGAGGUGGAAAAUCUAAAGUGUGAGGGUGUGGAGUCAUCCAGAGAAGCUGUGGGUGCCCCGUCCGUGGAGGUGCCCAAGGCCGAGCUGGGUGGGCCCCCGCCACUGUUCAGGCUGUGACAGCUGGGUGCUCCAUACAGCUCCCUAAUGGGAGGUUAUCAUGGGGGGGGGGUCUCUACUCCCCAGUAACAGUGAUAGGACAAGAGGUGAUGGCCUCACAGUGUGCCAGGGGAGGGUUGGGUUGCAUAUUGGGAACAUUUCCUUCUCAGAAAGAGUGGUGAUGCAUUGGCACAGGCUGCCCAGGGAGGUAGUGGGGUGGCUGUCCCCGGAGGUGUUCAAGGGACGUGGAGAUGUGGCACUGAGGGAUGUGGUUAGUGGGCGUGGUGGGGGUGGGUUGGGGUUGCACGUGGUGAUUUUAGUGGUCUCUUCCAAACCUUAAUAAUUCUGUGAUUCUAUGCGAGGUGUGCCAUAGCAGAGGGUAGAGCUGGAUGGGUUUUAAGGCCCCUUCCAACUCAAACCAUUCCAUGAUUCCUUGAUUCUAUGAAAAAUCAGUUGUCUGCUGCAUCCACGUGCCCCAGACACCCCACGGAGGUGCCAUAGGGGUGAAAAGGCAUCCGUAGAGCAUCUGUAGAGCCUCCAUUUCCAGGUACAGCAUCAAGGAGCCACAUUAUAACCAAGCUGAAGAAAGUGUGAAGGGUCAGCAGUGCCAAAAGCAAGCAGCGGGCAAGUAAUAGGCAGAGCGCCUGUCUGCCCCCACCUUUCCCCUGCCUCCUGUAGGACUGAAUUCCUGCUGCUGGGGACUUUGACAUGGACCCCAGUGACCCUGUGGGGUUCCAGAGGAUGGACCAUGGGGCACCAGACUCCACCUCCUGGGACCAGAGGAAAGACUUUGACCCCAUUGCCCAGCACAGGGUGCGGCUGUGAGCCUUGGGCGCUCAGACCUUGGACUGCGGGGCUGCAAACAAGCUGCACUGCACCAGGGGCUCUGCUGAAGCCUCCAAAACCCACAGAGCCUGCCUGGAGUACUCUGCAGAGCCAUGCGCAUCGCUGUCAUUGGGGCUGGAGUGAUCGGGCUGUCCGCUGCCCUGUGUAUCCACGACCGCUUCCACGCGCUGGUGCCCCAGCUGCAGCUGGAGGUCUAUGCCGACCGCUUCACACCACACACCACCAGCGAUGGGGCUGCGGGCCUGUGGCAGCCCUACCUGAGUGACCACGGCAAUCUGCAGGAGACGCUGUGGAACAAGGAGACCUUUGAGCACCUCCUGGGGUACCUCAACUCACCAGAAGCGAAGGAAAUGGGACUGUUCCUGAUUUCUGGAUACAACCUGUUUAAGCAGCCUGUACCAGAUCCAUCUUGGAAGAACAUUGUCCUUGGCUUCAGGAACUUGACACCGAAAGAGCUUGAACUCUUCCCUGGCUACAGCUAUGGCUGGUUCAACACAGCACUGAUGCUGGAGUGCAGGAGCUAUUUGCCCUGGCUCACCAACAGGCUAGCGCAGAGAGGCGUGAAGUUCUUCCACAGGAAGGUCGAGUCCUUUGAGGAGAUGUUUUCCCAGGGAAUUGAUGUUGUCAUAAACUGCACCGGGAUCCGUGCUGGGGAGCUGCAGCCAGACCCUGCACUGCAGCCUGCCCGUGGGCAGAUCAUCAAGGUCCUGGCCCCAUGGGUGAAGCACUUCAUCAUCACUCACGACAUGGAGUCGGGGAUCUACAGCUCACCCUAUGUCAUACCAGGGAGUGAGUUCACGGUUUUGGGAGGCAUCUACCAGCAAGGCAACUGGAACGAAGAGAACAGUGCUCAGGACCACAAAUCCAUCUGGGAGAGGUGCUGCAGGCUGCUGCCCGCGCUGCAGAAAGCAGAGAUUGUGCAGGAGUGGAGCGGCCUGAGACCGGCGCGUCCCAGCAUCCGCCUGGAGCGAGAAAGCAUUGGCCAUGGGCACUCAAGAACAGAGGUCAUACACAACUACGGCCACGGCGGCUUUGGGAUCACCAUCCACUGGGGCUGUGCCAUGGCUGCAGCCCGGCUGCUCGGGAACAUCCUGCAGGAGAAGCAGUCCCAGUCCCGCCUGUGAGUUGCCUGCUCACCUGGGAUUAUUGCGAUAACAGUAGCUUAGAAAUCACAGCAAAAAGAUGCAAGUAACAGUGGUGCAUGUAGGCUGUUGACACUCCUGCCAGGUUCGCUGCUGCUUCCUCCUGUCUUGUUUUCGGGUUGCUGCCAGUUCUGCUGCUGCCGUUUGCCAGACGGCCGAAUUUCCUCCACCAUGGCCUCAUGCAACCUACCCAAAGGAAGUGCUUUAAAACAUGGACUAAUUAUCUGUGACAAAGUGCACUUCUGUCCCAGGGAUCAGUCUGCAAAGGGCAGGUGGAGUUCAGCUGAAGCCUUGGCAGUCCUGCAGUUCAUCUGCACAGUGGGACAGGAUCUGAAAGCGAGCUGGUGCUACACGAGGUCUCUGCUGGCUGCUCAGACACCCAGUGUAUAAUUGGAUUUGUGAGCUCCCCCCGGGAGGCAAAAGCUCCUUAGUAGGAAGAAGCUCCCAGGGAAGUGACAACAGCCCCACAAGCACGUGCUCCGCUUACAAUUGCUUUUCUUACAUUCAUGCCAGGACAAAGCACGGGUCUUCAGCACCUGGUUAGUGUAUCUGGCAGCAGACAGCAGCGGUUACCUAAAAUGGGCUUUCCAAAUGAUGUUUUUAGUAACAAAAGCAACAUGUUCCAGCUCUGUGUACUUGCCAGAUCCUAUAUAUAGCACAGCACAUACACCAAAUAGCUGUUCUUGUCCCUAAAACUCCCAUGGGCACUUUGGUUUCCUAUUUCCCUCAGCUGUGAGAUGGGGCUGGAGGCAGCCCCGGGGCUGUGCCAAUGGGAGGAGGCAGGGACAGCACCCAGGAGGGUGACUCUUAUUGGAGCAAGGAGCAGGAGGUGGUCAGUGUCACUUCCAGGGGUCCCAGGCAUUGUUCUGGAGAUGAGCUUUGGGCUCCUGUUCCAUGCCACGUGCCUUUCCUGCUGUAAGUAUUUCACAAACAGAAAGGUGCUGUGAGGUCAGGAAGCAUCAGCCUCAGAUCCAGAGUGCCAUACCAGUGAAUGAGAGCUGCUGCAGUGCAGCUGGGUUCAUCCUGGAUUCAGCAGUCCCACAGACCCAGCACCCUGCCCAAGGACCUGCCGUGAUGCUUCAGAUUCCCCAAGGGUGAGUGCUCAGUGCUGCAGGAUAUGAUCCACACACAGGAGACCUGCUGCCCCCAGGCAUGUAUGAGGCUUGUCUCCAUUUCUGAAGUGCUGUGGAGGUCACUGUGCCAGCACAGCCCCAGGAGACCUCCCCGUGACGUGGUUCUCCACUGAAUGCUGUGUAACUGUUCACACUGUGAAAUUCCCAAGUUUUACACGUCGUGAGCAGUGGGAACAACCUGAGAAUCUUGGCUGAGCACAUGAGCUCAGCGUCUGCCCUUGUACAAACACAGCAGCAGUUCUCUCACUGUAAGGGCCAGAAUUUCUCAGAGGUGCUGCCCUGUCCCCUUUCCUUCCUCUCAACCUUUUGCAUCCUUGGUGCUUGCCUCUGCUGUGACACCUGCAGUGCCAUUGCAUGGGAAUAGGAGCUCUUGUCUUGUCCAGUCUGUCUGCCAAAGGGUUUCCCUCUUCAUCUGGCAGCUCACCUGAUGGACUGCAGUCACAUUCAGAGGGUUAUCAUCCAGAAAAGGACAGUGAAAAGGCAAUAUCUGGAGAACAUUUACCACUGAUUGAUGCUAAGCCUAAUGAUCUGUGAUAGUGCUUGAGUAGGAGCCGUCCAGCAAAAUGGCAUCCACUUGAGUUCACUUCUUCCAAAUAUGAGAUAUUAAGGACUGUGUUCUAUUUGCACUGCUGUAACUCCAAACAGAAAGAAGCGAGCUGGCAAAAAGCAGUUGAUUCUUUUGAUCUCAGAGCCUGUAGGAGCAGCUGUCCUGCAUUGGUCAGGAUGACAAAUGGAGUCGUGUGGGGCCUCUUAGAAAACAAACAGAAAUGAUUGGGGGUGGGGUUUUAUUUGCAGUUUCUGAUUUUGCUUAUUUUCUAAAAGGCUACAAUUUAACGUGUGUGCACAAUAAAGAUCAUAGCCAACUA